AUGUCUCAAAGCAAACCUGAGGAGCGUCUAGCUUUGGAGUUGAGCUGUGCGAUCUGUUUGCAGCUGUACCGUGAUCCCGUGGCCCUUCCGUGUGGACACAAUUAUUGCUUGGGUUGUAUACAAAAGGCUGCCAGCGCAGAAGAUCCCAAGUCCCCAAAACGGUGCCCGGAAUGCAGGGAAGAGUACGGCAGCCUGGAGACGCUUCCCAAGAACUUCAAGCUUAGCAGUAUUGUGGAUGGGUUCCUGGUGGCCACGACAGGUGGCGGACUGAGAGGAGGCCCUACAGUACCAUGUGACCAGUGUCUGGACAACCCUCUAGCUGCGGUGAAAUUCUGCACACGCUGUGAAAUGUCACUGUGCCCCAGCCAUCUCAAAAAACACGAGGAACGGCACCGCUCACUACACGUCUUAGUGGAGCUGCCCGCAGAACGGGAUGGGAAGAGGUGCCCGGUGCACUUGAAGGUCACGGAGUACCUGUGUGUGCAGGAGCGACUGUUCCUCUGCUCCGACUGCUUGAUGGAGGGCUCUCACCAGCACCACGAGGUGCAGACGUUCGAGGUGGCGAAGGAGGAAAUGAAGAGAGUUCUUGAGGAACUGGGGAAGUCUGUGUCUGACAAGCUACAGAUUACAGAAGCUCUGGUGAAAAGUGCCAGUGAAGGUCCUACGGACAAGGCCGAAGAUAAACUGGUGGCCAGAGCAAACAUACUGCUGGACAACAUGACUUUGCUUAUAAGUACAUACAAGAGUCGUAUGAGCACUGUGAUGAACGACGAGCUUCAUUCUCGGGACAAAAGUUGGCAGGCCAAUCUAUGCGACUUGGAGGGUUGUCUACACCAGCUGCAGGAAGCCCAAAAAUGCACCGGUGAGGUUCUCUCUCAAUCCUCAGAGUUUCUCUUCAUCCAGAACUACCUCAACGUCGAAGCAAGGGUCCGCCAGGCUGCUAAUGUCACCAUUCCUGCUCUACCUUCCCAAGAGUCUUCCCAUGCCAAGCAGCUGUGCUCGAUCCUACGUACAGAUGCCUUCCGUGCCGAGAUGAGUCUUCUAUUGGAGUACCUCCAUGGCAUGAUGAACCCUCUAGACCUGACCUUCAACCCAGCCACGGCCCAUUCUAGCCUUCUGCUGUCCAGCGAUCUCAAAACAGUCAAGCAGUGUGCCGGAGUUAAGAGCAGCACCACUGGAGAUCAGAGCGAACGCUUCUCUACGGCCACUCAGGUCAUGUGCACCCAGGGUUUCUCCACAGGAGUUCACAUGUGGGCAGUGGAGGUUGGUCCUGGGUGUAUGUGGUCUCUGGGACUGUGCUAUAAAAACAUCCCACGUAAAGGUGACCACAGCAGGCUGGGGCAUAACACCAGUUCCUGGAGGUUGCAGUGGAAAAGCAAGAAGCUGACGGCAUGCUAUGACUCGGCUAAUGUGGCCAUAGGUGAAGGGCUGGUCAUGCCGCCAAAGAAGGUCGAAGUGACCCUGGAUUACGAAGGAGGAACUAUUGCAUUCCACAGCUCAGGUCAAGGAGGGCGAAGGCAGCACCUUCAUACAUUUAGUGCCAUGUUCAAGGACACAGUAUACCCUGCGUUCGCGAUCCACUCUACUUCAGAGGAGUCAUGGAUAACCCUUCUGAGUGGAGUUUGA